AUGCCUGAGCGUUCUAUUAAAGUCCACAAAACGGAUGAACCUUGGAUGAAUGCUAACUUAAAACAAUUUAUAAAGAGACGACAAAAAGCCUUCUCCUCGGGUGACGUGUUUCUCUAUAAAUUGUUGCGAAACAAAGUUAACCGUGAGAGGAAAAGGUGUCGAAUGAUAUACUACAAGAACAAGGUACAAGAUCUACAGCAUACCAAACCCUGUGAUUGGUGGCGAGAAGUAAAGCAGUUUUGUGGCACGUCUAAAGCAGCGAGAAGAGACAUUCGGUCGAUAUUAAGAACAAAUACAGAGAGUAGUGAUCAAGAUCUGGCUAAUGAAAUUAGGAAAGCCUUUGUUAGUGUAAUGGACAAUUGUACGCCGUUAUCGGAGGAGGUAUGCGUGUUGACGGACCAUGAUGAACCAAUUGUAGUGGACGAGGAAUCAAUCGCGAAAAACUUCGGCAGAUCAACAUAUCAAGAGUGGGAGGCCCUGA